AUGAUGCUAUCCUUUUCUCAUCCAUCAAGGACGAAAGCUUGGCUUGGCACCACCAAAUUGAUGUUGAAGCUUAAAGAAGAAGUCACAGAUGUAGAAUAG